ACAAGCAACAUGUCUCGGUCACCAGGAAGAAAGCAGGAGAACCACAAAAUAAGCAAAGAACUUUUUGUACUCACAUAUGGGGCUUUGGUAGCCCAGCUGUGCAAGGACUAUGAAAAAGAUGAAGAUGUCAAUGCCUGUUUGGAUAGAAUGGGAUACAGCAUUGGUAUAAGGCUGAUUGAUGACUUUUUGGCUCGUUCAGCUGUGAGAAAGUGCCGCAGUUACUCUGAAACUGCAGACGUGAUUGCACAGGUUGCUUUCAAGAUGUACCUUGGGGUCACCCCUAGUGUGAGCUGCUGUAGUGCCGCAGGGAACGAAUUCUCCUUAAUCCUGGAUAAAAACCCACUAGUGGACUUUGUGGAGGAACUGCCAGCUGAACGAGCAUCACUUUGCUAUUGUAACCUCCUCUGUGGGGUGAUUCGAGGUGCCUUGGAAAUGGUUCACUUAGCAGCAGAAGUUUCCUUCCUCCAGGACAGGCUGAAGGGCGAUGCUGUGACAGAAAUAGGAAUUACAUUUUUAAGGAAGCCUGAAGACAGAAAGAACAGAAGGAAUAAAUGA